CGUGUGAGAGCAGGUCGGUUUUCACCAAGCGGUAAAUGUAACGUGCGGUAAGUGCGCUGCAAGCGUCACUUUUAUCAGCGGAGAAUCAAAGUUUGUCGUCGGAUGUUUGUUUGUCCUCGUGACCAAUCAGCAGCGGCACGAGACGCGAGACGUCGACCAGGAAGUCUCGUUGAGUCCUCUGGACUUUGGACACGUUGGACACGUUCUCCGGAGAACGCGCGCAACAGAUCGAGCAAGACUCGAACUCGCGGGUGAUUCGAGCGCACAAGUUGUUCAAGUUUCCGUCAUGAACCAAACGGCAGGAGCCACCAACGCGUACCGCAGAUGCUCCAAAGGUGGAAAGGAGCUGGUGGGCAGUAACCCUCCGCAGAGGAACUGGAAGGGAAUAGCGAUCGCCCUCCUUGUCAUUCUGGUCAUCUGCUCGCUGAUCGUCACCUCCGUCAUCCUGUUGACGCCAGGGGAAGAUGACCACCUGGCUCUGAAGGGCAAGGUGACUGUCGCGGACCUCUUUAGAAAAGACUUCAAGGUGCACGACCCCCACGCCAAGUGGAUAAGCAGUAAUGAGCUAUUAUACCGCGAUCGUGGAGGCGACGUCGUCAAGUUCAACGUCGACACUGACGAAAAGGCCGUCCUGGUGCACAACAAGAAGUUUGAAAUGUACAAAGCCAGCAAGUACGAAGUGUCUCCUGACAUGAAGCAUGUGCUGCUGGCCUACAACGUUGCACCGGUGUACCAGCAUUCCUACACGGCCUUCUACAUCAUCUGCAGUCUGGAUACUCCGGCAACUUGGAACUUGAACCCCCCAGAGGUCAGAAACGCCCAGCUGCAGUAUGCGGGCUGGGGACCCCAGGACCAGCAACUGAUCUUUGUCUUCGAGAACAACAUCUACUAUCGCUCCAGGGUUGACAACCGUUCCAUUCGCCUGGUGUCUACUGGCAAGGAGGGCGUUAUCUUCAACGGGCUCAGCGAUUGGCUGUACGAAGAGGAGAUCUUCCAGUCCCACAUUGCCCAUUGGUGGUCUCCAGAUGGUGCCAGGCUAGCAUACGCCACCAUCAAUGACAGCCUGGUGCCCAGGAUGGAGCUGCCCAUGUUCACGGGCACCCCGUACCCAGUGGGGAAAGAGUACCACUACCCUAAGGCCGGCGAGGAGAACCCAGUUAUCACUCUCUACGUUGUGAACCUUAACGGCCCUCUUCACACGAUCGAGAUGAGGAGACCCGACGAUCCCCGGAUGGGUGAGUAUUAUGUAACCAUGGUGAGAUGGGCCACCACCACCAAACUGGCCAUCAACUGGCUGAACAGAGCCCAGAACAUCUCUAUACUCACGCUGUGCGAGGCCACAACGGGGGUCUGCACAAAGAAACACGAGGAUGAGAGUGAAGGAUGGCUCCACAGACAGAAUGAGAGGCCUCUGUUUUCCAAAGAUGGGUUGAAGCUCUUCUUCACCCGCGCCAUUCCACAAGGAGGCAGGGGCAAGUUCUUCCACAUCUCCAUGUCCGUCUCCCAGCCCAACACCAGCACUGACACCCUGCAGUCCAUCACGUCGGGAGACUGGGAUGUCACCCAAGUCCUGGCCUACAACGAGGACAGCCAGUUGAUAUACUUCCUGAGCACGGAGGAUGGUCCGAAGCGAAGACACCUGUACAGCGCGGACACCUUUGGCUCCUUCAACCGCCGCUGUCUGUCCUGCGCCUUGGCCGACAGCUGCGACUACGUCAGCGGCUCCUUCAGCCACAACAUGAGCUUUUUCCUGCUCAGCUGCCAAGGACGGGACGUCCCAUUCGUGGCCGUUUACAGAACGCAGAGAGACGGAGAGAGUGAGACGCAAGACAGGGAGAGCAUUACAUUGGUACAUAAACUGGAGAGCAAUGAGAACCUGAGGCUCACCCUGGACUCCAUGCAGAUGCCGACGGUGGAGUACAAGGAGAUCAACGUAGAGGACUACACCUUGUCGAUGCAGAUCCUAAAACCCGCCGGCUUUGUGGACACAGCUUACUACCCGUUGCUUCUGCUCGUCGACGGGAGCCCCGGCGGUCAGACGGUGGCGGAGCGGUUCCACGUGGACUGGGCCACGGUGCUGGUCAGCAGCUUCGGCGCCAUCGUGGUGCGCUGCGACGGACGGGGCAGCGGCUUCCAGGGGACCAACCUGCUGCACCGGAUCCAGAAGAGGCUGGGGCAGGACGAGGAACAGGACCAGAGGAAAGCCCUCGAGUUUAUUAUGAAGGAAAGCUACAUUGAUAAGACCCGGGUUGGAGCUUUUGGGAAGGUGUAUGGCGGCUACGUGACCAGCCUGCUGGUCAGUGGCAAUGAAUCCCCCGUGAAGUGCGGCGCCGUCCUCUCCCCCGUCACCGACUUUGAGUUAUACGCGUCGGCGUUUUCAGAAAGAUACCUCGGGCUGCCUAAACCUGAUCCGAGGGCGUACACGACGGCAAAUUUAGCGCACAGAGCAUCUCAGUUCAUGGAUAAGAAGUUCCUCAUUGUUCACCCAACAGCUGACGAAAAGGUCCAUUUCCAACAUACAGCAAAGUUCAUCGCCCAGCUUAUCAAUGAGAAGGCCAACUACACCUUACAGAUCUACCCCGACGAAGGUCACUUCAUCCGCAGCGCGGCCACGAGGCAGCACCUCAGCCAGUCCCUGGUGAACUUCUUCGAGGAGUGCUUCAGGCUACCGGAGCAGGUGUUCGAGGAGGCCCUGGAGGAGGAGAGCGAGGACGAGGGUUAGCUGGGCCUCCUGAGGCUCGUGUGCCCUGCAUCCCUCCCACCCAUGCGUCCUCCCUCCUGUCCUCCAUCCCGCUCACAACAACACUGACGCGCGGCGGUACGGGGAAAAAAAAAACGUGCAACUCUCGUCUGUUUUUUGCUCAACUUGCAUCUGGACCCCCCCCCCCCAUCCCCCGUCCCCCGCCCCCCGUCCGCAUGCCGUCUCCGAGACUGCCUUUCCAGCAGACGACGGAAUCUAGACCCACGUCCAUCUUCACACCUGCUGCCCAGAGUUCAGAGGCCGGUGACCCGACGAGGUGUCCGGGGAGCAUUCUGACCCUCCGCAGCCGGGUUGGAGCUGCUCCGCCAAAGCAGCUUCCACGCAAACUGUCGACGCCGUCGUGAGGACGCCCCGACUCACGGGCUUUGUACAUCAGCGGAGAUCAGACUCCUGGUGGUCCGAUACAGGAAAUGUUGCUAUUUUUAAAGUUGUGAAGACCCUUCAUGUUGGACUGUGGUUGUGUCUCUUGUUCUUACUGUGUGUGUAAAUAGCACACAAACAUACACUCGGCAAUUAUGGAUAUAUUUUCUUUUGGCAUCCGUGGUUCCCCCGACGUUCAUCUCGUAGCCUCGACACGCUGGCGGAAGACGAAAUGAGUUGAGGCGGUUUUACUGUGACGCUCGUUUUUAUCAAGUGUUUGUCAAAGAUGGAAAGCAUUCAGUUGUUUUAGUCACUGUGCCUUACUUUGACAAAGAAAUCCUGCAGCCGCAAACAAACUACCAGAACGGGAACAUUCACUGGUUUUAUGCAUACAAGUUGUGCUUUUAGGAAUGGUUGUGACCUGGACUAUUUCUAGGAGUGUUUUCCCGUUAAUAGUUUUUAUCUAACUCUAAGCAAGAAAGCGAAUAAGCACAUUUCCCAAAACGGCAGCGAUUAUUAUAAACACAUGGCUCGAAAAAGAACUUAAAAAAAAAAAAAGACACAGCUUUCAACUUGAUUUGGGCAGCUGGAGGGAGAUAAAGUUACAAAUAUGCCCACUAAGCGAACUGCAUGCUUCGUGUUUAAGGACGGUACACUAGGUGGAGGAAACGGAAAAGAAAGUGUGCGUUUAAUAAAAGCGCCGUGUCACUUAAGUCACUAAACACAUGAUUCAAGGACGAAGGCAGACGGCAUUACGAUAAGUGUUACACAUUUGUAUAUAAGGGGGGAAACAUUUUUCAAGGAAGCAAUGCAAACGUGGCAGAUGAGAUGAACUCUCGAGGCACAUGUGUCGUCGCUCCUUUUACUGAUUUGAAUGAGCAUUUGUGUUUCAGUGCAUGUUCACACGUCACCUGCAGCACUGACAGCUCAGCUCGGUCAUUUUGACAUCUUGAAUGUUCCUUACUGGAUUGCAUAAAUGACAUAUACAUAUUGUGAUUGAGAUCCAUGUCUCGUCAGCUUGAUGUGUAAAUGUUAUUCAAAUAUCAUUUAAUUCUAAAUAAGAGAAAAAUAAUAUGUGUCGAGUGUUAUUUGUGCAUAAAGCAUUUUGGAAGUUA